CUACCAGUGGCGGGAAAGAAGACAUAAACGUCAUUCUGGAGAAGGGAGGUUGACGAGAGAGACAUUUAUUUUAGUUAACAGCAAGAUGGGUGACGACUGUGAUAGUGGCACGACACAAUCGAGCACCAGUGGAUUUGGCGGUCGUGGAUUUGGUCGUGGUAUAUUGGGCAGAGUGGCCGCACCAGGUGGUCUUGCCAAUGGAUUCGGCAGCUCAGCAGAACCAAAGAAAUUUGGGUCCCGAGGUCGCGGAGGUCUAGCAAACAAGGAGAAUGUAGACAAUUCAGAGGAAGUGAAGCCAGGUUUUGGCAGCAAACCAUCGUUUGGCAGUGGGGGUGGUUUUGGGUCUAAGAGAGGCGGGUUUGGCGGCGGAGGUGGUGGUGGUGGUUUCGGAGGACGUUCAGAACAGAGCGACAAUUCGAGUGACUCUAGGCCCACCCGUGGUGGAGGUCGAGGUGGUUUCGGAAACCAGAGUGCAAGCAGUGCCAAUGACGAUUGGAACAAUUCAGAAAGUUCCGAAUCCAAACCAAGUAGAGGAUUUGGUGGAAGCAGGGGAGGAUUCGGUGGUGGUGGUGGUGGUGGACGAGGGGGAUUUGGUGGGGGUGGGGGAGACGGAGACAGUUCAGACUCAAAACCAAGUCGGGGAUUUGGAGGCAACAGAGGAUUUGGAGGGGGAAGCCGAGGAUUUGGUUCAAGAAAUGACAGCGGUGGUGAUAAUGCCCCACGUGGCGGUGGUUUCGGUCAGAGAUCUGGUGGAGAGGGUGGGAGUCGGGCGUGUCACAAGUGUGGAGAGGAGGGCCACUUCAGUCGCGAGUGUCCCAGUGCAGACAGUUCAGGUGGUGGUAGAGCGUGUUAUAAAUGUGGUGAAGAAGGCCACAUGGCUAGAGACUGUCCCACUGCUGGAGGCAGUGGUGGAGGAAGGGCUUGUUACAAGUGUGGUGAGGAGGGACAUAUGGCACGGGAGUGUCCUAAUCCAGAAAGCUCGGGAGGACGAAGUGGUGGUGGAGGAGGAGGAAAGUGUUACAAGUGUAAUGAGGAAGGACACAUUGCUCGGGACUGUCCCAGUGCAACCCAAGCUGACGGUGAACGCCCAGCUCCCUACAUUCCACCUGCUCCGACAGAAGAUGAAUCUGAAAUCUUCAAGUCCAUCGAGAAGGGCAUAAACUUUGACAAGUAUGACUCGAUCUCCGUUGAAGUCAGUGGGAGAGAUCCGGUCGGUUUCAUCAGUAGUUUUGAAGAAGGUGGACUUUUCCCAGCAUUCCUGAGAAACGUGAAACGGGCCAACUACGAGAAGCCGACGCCGGUGCAGAAAUAUGCCAUACCAAUUAUAGGAGCUGGACGAGAUCUGAUGGCUUGUGCACAGACCGGGUCAGGAAAGACGGCUGCCUUCUUGUUACCCGUACUGACUGCCAUGGUGAACCAAGGACUACAGUCGAGCGCGUUUUCCCCAGUACAGUACCCACAGGCUGUGAUUGUGGCACCGACUCGCGAACUUGCUUGUCAGAUCUAUAUGGAUGCCAGGAAGUUCGCACACAACACAGACAUCCGGCCGGUGGUGGUGUACGGUGGAACAUCUCUCGGUUACCAGAUCAGAGAAGUGGAGAAGGGCGCUCAUAUGGUGGUUGGAACGCCAGGUCGAUUGUUAGAUAUGAUCAACAAACAAAAGAUUUCACUAGAAAAGGUGAGCUUCUUGAUCCUUGAUGAAGCUGACCGAAUGCUGGACAUGGGUUUUGAGCCAGAGAUCCGUAAGAUGGUGGAGACCAUGGGGAUGCCCUUGAAGACGGCUCGUCAGACGCUGAUGUUCAGCGCAACCUUCCCCGAGGAGAUUCAGAAGCUGGCCGGCGACUUCCUCAACGACUACCUGUUUGUCACAGUCGGCAGAGUGGGCGGGGCCAACACGGACGUGGAACAGAACGUCUUUGAAGUGGACCGUAUGCAGAAGAGAGACAAGCUGUGUGCAAUUCUGUCGGACACUGGUUCAGACAAGACCCUGGUGUUUGUUGAGCAGAAGAGAAAUGCUGAUUUCCUUGCUAGUUACUUGAGCCAGUCGGGUUUUCCCACAACCAGCAUUCAUGGCGAUCGUCAGCAGAGAGAAAGGGAGGAAGCCCUCAGAGAUUUUAAGCGGGGGACUGCACCCAUUCUGAUAGCCACGUCGGUGGCUGCACGAGGUCUGGACAUUCCAAAUGUAAAACAUGUUAUAAACUAUGACCUGCCAUCAUCCAUAGAUGAGUACGUUCACAGGAUAGGCCGAACUGGGCGCUGUGGAAAUCUGGGGAAAGCCACAAGUUUCUACACACAUGACCAAGAUGCUCCGUUGGUAAAAAGUCUCGUCAGAAUCCUAACAGAGGCAAAUCAAAUUGUUCCCGAGUGGCUGGAAGUGUAUGGACUCAACAGUGGUGGCAUGCUUGAUUCAUCAUCAAGUGCAUUUGGUGGAAAAUAUGGUGGCAAGGACAUUCGUAGAGGAAAGUUCAAUUCUGGAGGUAAAGGAGGCGCGACUGGGAACGCCUGGGAAGACAGCUGGGGAGGAGGCGACGCGGCCGUGAAUGGGAGUGGCGAUGCAGAAGAGUGGGACUAAAUAACAGUGGAAAUAAAUAAAAAAAAUAGCAUAUUGUAAUGGAACAUUUUCAAAAUGACUUUCUUGCACGUGCUAAAUUUCUGUGCUGUAAUUUGUGCUAAUUUUGGCUUCCCACUUCACUAAGGUAAUGGGUUUUAAAAUACACUAUAACAAUGACUGAAUGAACAUUUAUUAAACUGCAGUACUGAUCUCGGUUGAUGACGACUUGGUAAGUAUGUUGGUGGCACACAAAAGUAAAGAUUUGGGAGGUUUAGGGUUUGAGUAAACCUGGUGGGCAGUCUGAGAGACGAGAGAGAGAGGGAAUAUGUGGAACUUUGUCGUUGAUUUGAGUGUGGAGAUCAAUACUGGAGUACCAUACUGUUAAAACAAAUGGAGAAACGGAUGCGGUGAAUUAGCCUGUUCAUCUUCAAAACAACGAUGAUUUUGCCAAACGGAAACAAAAUGUUUACUCAUGGGUAAAAUCUUAUGGCUGGAUCUUGAAUACAAGAAUAGUGCAAGUGGUCCUUUUUUCCAGAAGACUUGUUAGUAACUGACCAAUAAACAUGCACAAAUGGACUAUAUACAGAAAAUAUUUAUGCGAGUUCACAGAUCUUUCAUUUUGAUGGUUAACCAAGAAAACGCAGUAUUAUGGAAGUAUUUUGGAGAGAGAAAAAAAACAGAAAAAAAAAGUGUCAAGUGUUUUGUUCACUUGUAGUGAGCAUAUUAGUGUAGCCUCUGUCCUUUGACCAAUCCAACUUGGUGAACUUAACUAGAAACCAGAGUUUCAGCUGGUAUAGCUCUCGAGGUCAUUGGAACAUGCAAGCUACCACCACAAGGAAUGUACUGGGAGGUAGUUAAAUAAAAUAAAAAACUGUGGAUUUGAAAGGCACUCGCAGAUGUUUGCAAUAUUUUAUAACCAAAAUGAAGGAGAAAAAGUGCUGUGAUAAUAAAAAAUAAAAAACAUUUCUUAUGGGCAUUAUUGAAGUUCUCAGGGACCAGUGAAGUGUGCAAGUGAUAUUCCAUACGGUCAUCAUCAUUUCAUCGUUUGUCUCAUCACCCGGGAAAGACUUUAAAACCAGGAUCAACCCAUCCGUCCAUCAAGAUUGUUCAUACAGGGUAGAUAAAACCUCGUUUUUGUGUUCCGAUGUUUCUGUGGACAAGAUUAAUGCAGUUGAAGAGGGGGCACUCUUGAUACAAACGAAAAUGUGCCAAAUGUAUUUUCAGUCGUCAUCUUACCGGGCAGGUGUGAGUCAAGCAGGUUUUUGGCCAUGUGGCCGUUUCAUGUUUUUAGUUGGUGCUAGAACCCUUUGAGAUGCAAGUUCACUAGCUUUGUGCGAAAACUUCAUAUUGUUUCGUUUUUUCGAGAAGUUUUCUAAUUUAGCUUAAUGCUCUUGCAGGCAAGAAUUUUUGUUUGAUAUAUUCACAUCUUGAAUUUAAGUAAUCUUCAGUUAAACCCAAUUUGUGAACUUUAAAUGUAUAUAUUUGUGGUUUCCAAAUCUUGAUUCAGUGUGAAAAAAACAACAUUUAAACAAUUUUUGGUUACAAUUAUUUUAAUUUUAUUCAGUUUCUUUAACAACAGGGAAAAUAGCUAUCUGCAGUUAAUUAUUUUUAAGGCCUAUUGUAGAGCAUUCUUAGUGGAUUUGCAUCUUAAAUGGUUGUUUGUACUUUUUAAUUCAUUCAUGCACUAGUAGUGCUUUGUUUUGUUAUAUAAACAUGUUUUUAAUAAAAACUAUAUUUCUUUAAAAAA